GGUAGGCAAAACGCGAAGUGAAAGCCCAUCAUGAUCAGCCAUUUUCUGUGCACAAACUCUCAGUAGUUUCACUACAAAACAAAGAGUUGCAAGCUGACACACAGAUUUUGUUGGCCCAAUCUCUCACUCAAAUCCAUCACUAUCAAUCGUCAUAUUCGCAGCAUCUGAUUCUUCUUCUUCGCACGCGCCCUCUGGAUCACACUCUCUCUCUCUCAUGGUGAUCGCAGCAGCUGCUUCUUCACUCUCUCUCGGUAGUUCCAGUUGUCAACUAUGCCAUGCUGAUGGAUUUAAUUGCUCAACAUCAUAUAGGGGCGCCAACUCCUGGAUCAAACCUCCUAUUGACAGUCACAAAACUCCGGAUUAUUCCGGCAUAAGGCAUAUAAAUCCAUAUUUUGGAGCAACACAUUUCUAUUGGUUAACUGUAGGACGUGAUCGUGGCCUUUGGAGAGCUUCUGUUGCUGCAGAUUACUCUGAUUCAGUUCCAGAUUCUUCUAGUUAUACAGGUGACCAAAGUUAUCAUCCUCUUGAAGAUGUCAAAGUCCAUAGAAGAAUGCGAGACACACAACUUACACCUGCUGAAAUAGCAAGGACAACUGUUGAGGCUAACAACAGAGCACUGCUUGUUUUUCCUGGGAAUGUUCACAGUGAACCACAUGAACAAAUUUCAUGGGCAGAGUUUCAGUAUGUUGUUGAUGAUUAUGGAGAUAUAUUUUUUGAAGUUUUUGAUGAUAAAAACAUCUUACAAGAUCCUGGUGCUACUAAUCCAGUGAAUGUUUUGAUUGGGAUGGAUAUUCCAAUGUACGAGAAUAAAAGGAUAGCCAAUGAGUAUAAUGUCUUUGACAUUGUCAGUAUGGAUGAUAUUCCAUUUGAUGAUGAUUAUUUUGAGGUAAUGGAUUCUGAAGUGUCCGACAUUCCAGUUGAUUGGGGGAUGCCUGAAACUUCCAGCUGGGUUCAUCCUAUUUAUUUUGCAAAGUGCUUGACAAAGGCAACUGCUAUGGAAUGCAAUACAAAGAUGGAUCAUCCAUCAAAUGGUGUUUCCAUUUUGGGUUGCUUGAGACCUGCCUUUGCUGAUGAAGAAUCAUACAUAAGAAGUUUAUUUCACUGUGAAGACAGUGAUGACUACAAUUCCAACUGGAAAGAUAUGGAAAUACUGAGCUUUAGCUCUAAAAGCGAUGAAAGAAGCAUUGGCUCAACUCUCUACAAAUUAGAAAUUAUGAGGAUAGAGCUGUUCUCUGUAUACCGCAUGCAGUCUGCAAUUAGUUUGCUAGAUUUUCAAGAUGCUGAACCAGAUGCCCUUGUACACUGCACUUCUGCAAUCUUAGAACACUUUAGUGAGAUGGGAAUCAGAUGCAAUGCUGCUCUUAAAGCUCUCUGCAAGAAAAAGGGCAUUCACGUCGAGGGUGCAAAUCUGAUUGGGGUUGACAGCCUUGGCAUUGAUGUACGCAUUUUUUCGGGAGUGGAAGUACGAACUCAUCGUUUUCCCUUUAAAGCCCGGGCGAGAAGUGAAGCUGCUGCAGAAAAGCAGAUUCAUCAACUACUGUUUCCACCAUCUCGAAGAAAGAAAUUUAGAAGUCAUAGCGACGGGCAUAAGGAUUCAAAAUUGUUCUAAUUCUUUUGUAACGAACGGUAAUGAACAUUUUAGAAUAAAAUCAGGCUUGGUUGGUCUUUGUUUGCAUAGGAGUCUGAUAGAGCUUUGUUAUGAUAGAUUAAUAAAAAGCCCUCAGCUGUGUACUAACAAAUUUGUACAAUACCUACGGGCAAAUAAAGUUGUAGCCUUUUGAUC